CUCAGAAACCAGCAAUCCAAGCUUGCUCUGAUCGAUUGGAGAUUGAAGAGUGUACACAAAAUUGGAUCCUUCAAAACUAAUUUCACUGAACCAAGCCAACCACCACCACGAUGAAAUUCUUUGACUUUGCCGACCCCGCCAGUGCCAUGAUGGACGAUCCAGUGGAUACUAGUGCUAGUGCUAGUACCGGUAGUGGAACGAUCAAGAAGAAGGACAAGAAGAAGAAGAGCCGAAAGAACCGUUCGAUUUCUCCCAUGGCAAGUGUAAGACACUCUGGCUGGCAACGGCCCAGUAUCAAGCGGAGUCAUUCGACGUCUCCUCGUCGUCGCGAUGGCAGCAGUGGAUGGGACAAUGCAUGUAUGGAUGCUUCUUCGUCUACUGCGUUGAGCAACACUUCCUCGCAUUCCCAUUCCCACGUUUCCAUGCAAGAUCAUCUAGAGGGCAUUGAAGCCUUCUGCAAAGUCAUGCAGGAAGCACAGCCUGAACACAGAGCCAGACUCAUCUCAGAAUCGCUGCAGAGAAAGCAGCAGAAACACUCCAAAAAGUAAACCAGUACAGUACACACAGGUCAAGCAAGGAGUCUUACCCACUACAGUACCAACCCUCAAUCAUCCCAAGUGGAUAGAUAGCCUUGAAUUAAUACAUACUAGCUAGCAGUCUGCCUCUUAAUCUAGUCUCGACAUGGUACGGUACGUGGUUCGGCCUCCCAAAGGGAAACA